UGGCUUUCAAAUCAAGGGAGGAUCAUAGGAAGCAGCUCGAACUAGAAGAGGCGCGUAAAGCUGGUCUUGCACCGGCAGAAGUUGAUGAGGAUGGAAAGGAAAUCAACCCUCACAUUCCGCAGUAUAUGUCGUCUGCUCCUUGGUAUCUCAAUGCCGAGAGACCAAGUUUGAAACAUCAAAGGAAGUGGAAAUCAGAUCCAAACUAUACUAAGUCGUGGUACGAUAGAGGUGCAAAGACUUUUCAAGCGGACAAAUACAGAAAGGGUGCUUGUGAGAAUUGUGGAGCUAUGACUCAUGAUAAGAAGUCAUGUGUCGAGAGGCCACGUAAACUGGGAGCUAAGUGGACCGGCAAAAGUAUUGCCCCAGAUGAGAAAAUAGAGAACUUUGAGCUUGAUUAUGAUGGGAAGAGGGAUCGUUGGAAUGGAUAUGAUGCUGCAUCUUAUAAACACGUAAUACAAAUGUAUGAAGCCAGAGAUGAAGCAAGAAACAAAUAUUUGAAGGAACAACAGCUCAAAAAGCUGGAAGAAAAAAAUGGUAAUCAAAAUAACGAAGAUGGGGUCAGUGAUGAUGAAGACAAUGAUGAUUCUCUGAGAGUCGAUGAGGCUAAAGUUGACGAGAGCAAGCAAAUGGACUUUGCAAAGGUUGAAAAGCGUGUGCGUACAACUGGUGGUGGUAGCACUGGAACUGUUAGGAACUUGCGUAUUCGAGAGGAUACUGCCAAAUACCUACUUAAUCUCGAUGUUAACUCUGCCCACUAUGACCCGAAGACCCGUUCAAUGCGUGAGGACCCUCUCCCAGAUAUGGAUCCAAAUGAGAAAUUCUACGCUGGUGAUAACCAAAACAGAGUUAGUGGCCAAGCUUUGGAAUUCAAGCAGCUCAAUAUUCAUGCUUGGGAAGCAUUUGACAAGGGACAUGAUGUCCACAUGCAAGCUGCUCCCUCACAAGCUGAAUUGCUUUAUAAGAACUUCAAGAUUAAUAAGGAGAAGUUGAAGUCUCAAACUAAAGACAAAAUCAUGGAGAAGUAUGGUAAUGCUGCCACUGAUGAAGUACUUCCUCGUGAACUCUUACUGGGACAAAGUGAGAGGGAAGUUGAAUAUGACAGAGCUGGUAGAAUCAUAAAAGGCCAGGAAAUGUCACUUCCAAAGAGCAAAUAUGAAGAAGAUGUUUAUAUCAACAACCAUACGAGCGUGUGGGGCUCAUGGUGGAAGGAUCAUCAGUGGGGUUACAAGUGUUGCCAACAGACGGUUAAGAACAGCUACUGUACAGGUGUUGCUGGUAUUGAGGCCGCUGAAGCCUCAGCAGAUCUUAUGAAAGCAAAUAUUGCUCGUAAAGAGGCUACCGAAGAAAAUAACUGCAAGGUUAUGAUUUGUGGGGGGUAA